AUGGCUUCCGCUGCGCGCCUCUCCCUCCUCUUCCUUGUUUCCGCUGCGGUCCUUUCCGGCUCAGCCGCGCAGCAGGUCAAUGUUCCGGUGACGGUGCAGUGCCUGAACGUGCUGGAGAACAACCAGAUCCUCAACAUCCCUGGUGCCAAUGUGGGCGUCGUCCAGGUCAUCGCGGCAGCUCUCGGUGGCGCCGGCCAGGCCCCAAGCGCGCUCUUCUUCAACAGCAGCAGCAGCACCAACAACUGCACCAACAACCAGAACUUCAACAGCAACUCCACGUGCAGCUCCGCCAUUGGCCCCGUUAACCUGGGUGUUCUAGGCCAGGGCACUCUCACCCCCUGCUACAACGGGGCGUUCGCAGGGUCAAAGUGCCAGGAUUGGCCCCACCUGAUCCUGCGAACGCCCAACGAGCCUACCGCGGGCGGACGCAAGCUGCUGCAGCAGAUCAACGUUCCCGUCACCGUCCAGUGCCUGAACCUGCUGGAGAACAACCAGAUCCUCAACAUCCCCGGACUAAAUCUCCGCAAUUGGCCCAAUCAAUGCUGGCAUUUUGGUCAGGGCACUCUCAUCCCCUGCUACAACACCCCCGCCACCCCCGCCCCCACCGCCGGCGGCCGCAAGCUGCUGCAGCAAGUUAACGUGCCGGUUACCGCCCAGUGCGUUAACCUGCUGGACAACUCCCAGGUCGCCACUGACAUCCCCAACGCGGUCGUCCAAGUCAUCGGAGUGAUUGCCGCAGUAGCCGGCGGAGGUGGCCAGACCCCAUCUGCCAUCUUCUACAACACCGGCACGAGCACCAACAACUGCAAGAACCUGCAGGAGUUCAACUCCAACAGCACCUGCAGCUCCGGGGUUGGCCCUGUGAACGCUGGCGUGCUCGGCCAGGGAACUUUUAUCACGGGCUACCCCACCCCCCCCGCCGGCGGCCGCAAGCUGCUCCAGCAGAUCAACGUCCCUGUUACCGUUCAGUGCGUGAACUUGCUCAACAACAACCAGAUCCUCAACCUCGCAAACCUGAACGUGGGCGUCAUCCAGCUCAUCCUGUCCGUGCUCGGCGGAGGAGGCCAGACCCCGAGCGCCGUCUUCUUCAACAGCGGCACCUCCACCAACAACUGCCAGAACAACCAGGAAUUCACCAGCACCAGCAACUGCUCCUCCGCGAUCGGACCCGUCAACGCUGGUGUUCUCGGCCAGGGCACUCUCAUCCCUUGCUACGGAUCUUAG